CGGUUGAAGGGCUGGCCCAAGCGAUCGUAGCUGCGGUGCAACCGACAAUACCAUGGAGGACUGCCCUGCUGAUCUGCGACAUUUACUGGAAAGCAGUCUGAUCCGCUCCAAGGCCAGACGCCUUCCAUGCUCGAGGUGUCAGCAACUCAACUUGGAUUGCGACUCCUUCAGACCAUGCAAGCAGUGUUCUAAAAGCGGCCACAAAAACUCAUGUGACGCUGUUCAGGAAUUGACGUCGGCUUGUUCUGCCUGUAAGGUAUCAAAGGUGAAAUGUGACAGGAAACGACCUUGCUCCAACUGCAUUAGACGUGGUAAAGGGAGUGAAUGCUGCGAUCCUCCAGCUGGAGGGUCUUGGGCGGAGCUAGAGGAAAGGAGGCUUGUGCGUUUGUCCUCGUCAUCAACAAUUCAGCAACCGGAGACUCCAUUGGCAGCUCCUUCACAUGUAGACGUGUGGUCUGACUUUGCGCUCAGCUCGGAUGGAAGCGACAAGCAGGUUGGAAGCCUUUACCCGCUCUUGGUCAAGAUGUCGCAAGCAGGCUACUGUAAAACUUCUCUGCUAAUGAUGAUCAAUAGCAUGGGCCCUGACAUCAGAUCCGCCAUGUGUGCCGUUGUGGAAGGGAUCAUGAAGAAGCCUAUCAGCGACUGGAGAGUUGGUGCUUCCCUCAGCGCUGCGAAUAGCAGCGACGCAGUUUACCUGCGGAAUUUCGCAAAGUUGAAAGAGUCCAAGCUCAGCCUCGGGUACUGGACGGUCCACUGGCGGCCGGGGGGCAUGCUGCGAGAAAAGAUCGAGAUCAGCAAGGGGCUGGGGCAUCUUCUGAAGCGAAACCCGGAGGAAAUCCUCUCACGGGCCGCAAGCUGCGAGUUUGAGCUGCCGUCGUCAGACCUUGAGUUCCUGUGCGUUCUGCUGGAAGACCUGUACUGCUUUGCUGACACCACCAUGGUGCGGUACGGGAGGGUCUGCCGACGAUGCCCAGGCAGCAAACUCGGGGAGUCGUGCUUUGUGCGGGUGCUCUCGGUGAAGAGCAUCGAUGAGCAGAAACGGCUCAUCUCCUCCACUCACUCCAUGGAGCUCCUCGAUGCCAACGACUGGGACAAGCUUCAUCAUGACCCUUCCUCCAACAGGUGCAUUUAUCUCCAGCUCAUGUACUCCAUGGGAGUGGUGAGGACGGCAGAAGAGCUUCUAGAUCGACACAAGCAAGACAUGCUCUUUGACGAGAACUUCGCCAACAUGUUGCAGAGCCAGGAAGGGAGGUACAGGAUGAAAAAGGUGGCUGAGUUCAUUCGAAACAAGUUCUCAGCUCUGCUCGAGCCGGUGUAGCAACGGCCAGUUGUAAUCGUCGAGCCCAGCAAGUUGCUACGGGCGACCCAACUCUCAAGUUCGCGGCUACCCAUGCAAUGCGUUGAUGUGCAACUCAAAUGUCAGUUCCUUCGAGAUGUCUGGACUUUGGAUUUAGCUCCAUGUCCAUAUAAAUUGACAUGUUAUCAG